AUGGGUAAGCAAGUUCUCGAGAAGCGCCGCCGCCUUGGGAGGCUGGUGACCAUUCCAGGCGUGACGUGCGCUGGUUUGUGCGAGGUCCUCCGCCGACUGAGGCAAGCGCCCAUCGAAGAGGAGGUCUCUGCGCAUGAGGCCAAGGCCGCCGCGAAGAUGGAGUACGAUAGAGAGAUGUCGUGUUCUCUGGAAUUGCCGCUGCGCGACGGCGGGUCCUUUGAGUGGCGCAUUGCAAGGACGCCUGCCCGCUCGGUUCAACGGUUAGUCGAGGUGUCCCCAGCGCUGAAGCGCAUGUUCGCGGCCGCGCCUAUCACCCCAGCAAGGCCGUGGAACGUGAUCCUUGCGCACGACGAGGUCACGCCUGGAGCUGUGCUGCGACCGCAUAACCGCAGGAAGUUCGUCGCAUUUUACAUUUCGUUUCUAGAAUUCAAGCAUGCCCUUCGGCACGAUUGCUGUUGGUUCCCCCUGGGCGUGAUCAGGUCGGCACAAGUGGAGAAAAUUCGCGGUGGCCUCUCGGGCACGAUCAAGUCGUUGCUGCGUCGCUUGCUUCUUGAGGACGGCAAUCUCGUGGAUGGCGUGGCCUUGCCGCUACAGGGCGGGCCGACAAUGUUCUUCGCGAAAUUUGCCGCACACUUGGGAGACGAGGUCGCUUUGUCCAGGGGCCUCGGCGUGAAAGGAUCUGCAGGGAUCCGACCGUGUCUGAAGUGCGCCAACGUGCUCAAGAAAGGCUCAGGCAUUGCUGGCGCUGGCGCCGCGCCCAAUCGGUUGGUGGAAAUCACAUGCAGGGACCGCAGCGCAUUCAUUGGUAAUUCUGACGAGGCCGUAUGGGGAGCCCACGACGAGUUGACGCACUUACAAGGGACAAUAUCGAAAGCCGCAUUUGUGCGCCACGAGAAAGCACACGGCAUCAAUUUUAAUCCUGAUGGGUUGUUGGCGGACGCAGACCUCCGAGGGCAGGCCAGGGAGAACGCAUCCAAGGAGCAUUGGCGAAGCAGCGCCUCAGAGUUGUUGUGCAUUUACCCGCUGGUGCGGCAUUUUGCUUGCAUUGUUAUCUUGCCGAAUUUCGAUGAGCUGCGCGACGAAGUUGCCUCCCUCUGCCAUUGUUUCGCUGUAAUUGACAAAAUUCAACGGGCGAAGGCGGGCGACAUCGAUGCCUCGGCCCUCGGAGCUGCAGUUGAUCGCCACGCGGACGCACAUGAAAAAGCAUACGGGGCCGACAAUUGGAAACCAAAGUUUCAUUUGGCGACGCACAUUCCCGAGCAAGUGGAGAAAUUCGACGUUGUGUUGGAUUGCUUCGUUGUUGAGAGGUCGCACCUUCUGCCGAAAAUGAUUCUGGACAACCAAGAUAUACUGAAAGGCUUCGAGAAAGCUGCAAUUUCUCGCGUGCUGUUGGCGCGCCUGCAGGAGCUCGAAAGUUUCGACGAGCGCCCAGGGCUCAGGGGGGGCGAUGCGGAGUUGUCGCCCCUGCUGGCUGAAGCAGUCGGCGGCGACGUCGUCCUUUCAUCCAGCGCUGCUUUCAAAGGCUUGCGUGUUUGGGCAGGCGACGUGGUGCGCAUGCAGAACAAUUUUCUAUGCGUCGCAGCUCUGGGCCAACGGGGGGGCGAUCUAUUCAUUCUUGGGCACGAGUGCGUCGUGAUCGAGAAGCGGACGCCGAACGCGUCAGUCCUGCGGAAGGACGGCGAAUUGCUUCUUGCGUGGUGGAGCGGCGAAUCGGUUGAGAUGUGCCACGCUUGGUCGGAGCUCGCCUCUG